AUGAUCUUCGCUGCUCGCCAAUUGCAGCAGAAGUGCCAGGAGAUGCGCACCCACCUAUACACCACCUCCGUGGAUCUAACGAAAGCGUUCGACAAGGUGAAUCGCGCUGGACUUUGGAAAGUCAUGCAAAAGUUCAGCUCUCCCGAGCACUUCACUCAUAUGGUGCACCAGCACCACGACGGGAUGAUGGCACGCGUCACGGACGACGAAGUGGUCUCUGAAGCCUUUGCACUGACCAAUGGAGUGAAGCAGGACUGUGUCCUCGCACCUAAUCUCUUCAGUCUCAUGUCCUCUGCCAUGCUUACGGACGCCUACCGUGACCAGCGUCCGGGGAUCCCAAUCGAUUACAGAACGGGCGGACACCUUCUCAACAUUCGAAGCAUGCAGGCCCACAGUCAAGUGCCGUUUGGCUGUCCGGAGUACACACAGUGCGCCCUGUUCCUCCAGGAGGCUGUUUUUUCAACCCACCGGCAGCACAUGAUGCCAAACUUUACAGAGUACAUGUGGUUGGAUUACGCACGACAGGCCUGGGAAAAAAUUACCACAUCACCCCUGCUGUACGAUUACCACCGCCUUCUAGUGAACAAUACCUGA